UAAGUCGGUUCUUCUUCAACUUGCAACGACUGAACUCAACACUUCCAAAAAUGGCUCUUUUAAACAACGCCACUCAAACAGUAGCCAUGGCCGGGGAAGAAGACUCCUCGAAGCUCCAACCCCACCGCCUUUCUUCAAGAUUUUUUCUCUACGGUUUGUCGGUUAAACCAUCCUUAAACCCUUCUAUAAUCUUCUCAACUUCAUUUUUUUCAUUAACCAAACGAAUAAAUCUAAUCUCAACUGAACAAAAAUAAAAAAAAUUCAUUGAAUUCAUGGAUAAACAAGACCAACACUAUCCCAAAUCUCCACCAAAAACUUCACUUGGGACUUCUUCCUCCUCCUCGUCCUCUCAAUCCCACCCUGAAAACACUCAGAGCUUAAUGGGGUCUCAGGCGUUUUCUCCAUUUUCUAUGCCGUUCUCUGACUUGGAACCAUUUUCGACCUUUCCUGCAACAGCUCCAGUUGUUGAUGUAGGUGUGCCUCAGCCUUUGGAGUGUUUACAGGGGAGCCCAAUUCCGCCAUUUUUGUCCAAGACUUUUGAUCUUGUGGAUGAUAGGUCUCUUGAUCCGAUUAUUUCGUGGGGGGCAAAGGGGGAGAGCUUUGUGGUUUGGGAUUCUGUGGAAUUCGCGAGGGUGAUUCUUCCAAGGAAUUUCAAACACAACAAUUUCUCAAGUUUUGUCAGGCAACUUAAUACUUAUGGGUUCCGCAAGAUUGAUACUGAUAGGUGGGAAUUCGCAAAUGAAGCUUUCCAGCGUGGGAAGAGGCAUCUUUUGAAGAACAUUCAGAGGCGCAAGAUGCCUCAAUCCCAACAGAUUGGGAGCUAUACUGGACCUUCUGCUGAAGCUGUAACGCCUGGAAUGAAAGAUGAUAUAGAGAAAUUGAGGAAGGAGAGGUGUAUGUUAGUGCAGGAAGUUGUAGAACUGCAGCAGCAGCAUCGUGGGACUGCUUCCCAUGUUGAAGCCGUUAAUCAGAGGCUUCAGGCAGCAGAGCAAAGACAGAAGCAUAUGGUUUCAUUCUUAGCCAAGUUGCUUCAGAAUCCUGCAUUCUUAGCCUGUCUUCAGCAGAAGAAGGAAAAAGGAGAUAUUGAUUCUUCAAGGAUGAGGAGGAAAUUUGUCAGUCACCAGCCACAUGGACCUAGUAAACCAGCUUCAUCCGUGGAAGGGCAGAUUGUGAAGUAUAGACCUGAUUGGAGAAACCUCAACAUACCUUCUGUUGUCCCAGAAAUUGAUCCAGCUCCUGUUGAACAUUCUCCUGAUUAUCUCUUAGAAGAUGUGGUGGGGAUAGGAUCAGGCACAGAAAGUAUGCCGUUUCACUUUGAAAAUGUUAGACCACUUGACUUUGCUGUUUCAGACAAGUUAGCAGUGGAGCAAGGAUUUACCAAAGCCCCAGAGCAGUUGGGAGAAGAAACUUUAAGAUUGGGAAGUGUGGAUCCUAGUGCUAAAGGAAAGAGUGUGAUGAGCCCACAACAUGAAGUUAGCCCUGAGUAUUUUCUCUCUUUCCCAGAGAAUUUGGAGAAGGGAAAGAAUAUUCCGGAAUACUCAUCUCCUGGGAUGGAAAGCAUCAUCAAACAAGAGGAUAUAUGGAGCAUGGGAUUUGAUGUCACUUCUGGUUUAACCUGUGAGAGGAGCAUCUCUCCAUCGGAUUCAAUGGCGUAUUUUGAAUUGUCCUUCCUGCAGCUGUAGUGUCGGCAAGCGGAUGCCGAGUUUGAAACUCAGGAUUAUCGGCAACCCAAGAACCAAUUGGCAUUUCAUAUAAUCUGAUUCACCAAUUGUCUAUAGUUCUACUCCCGAUCAGGUAGUAUUCAUCGUGUUAAGAGAAGGCGAAGUAUUCAUUAUGUUAAGAGAAGGCGUAGUUUGUAUACUAGGUCUAUAAGUAUGACGCCAAACUUUUGCAUUAUGUUUGCCUGAAUGUAUAUGUGUAUCAACUUAUAUUUUCACAGUUAUGUGCUGUUAUCCGAAGCUCCUUUUGUUCAA